AUGGACGAAUCUCUACAAGUAAUAGCUCUCCAGUAUGUAGCGAAAUAUAUGAAAAAUGGAACCUACAAAGGAUCGGAAUUCAAAAUCCAUGAUACCAAAAUGAGCCAAACAAUAUUCAAAACAAUGUGCAGAACAGAAGGAUUCACUGAAAUCUCGGCUGCCGAAUCCAUAGAAAAACUAAAAAUCACGGAAUUCCAGUUACCCAUGGGAUUCACCGAAGAACAGCGUGAAGCAAUCUACGGUCAGAAUUUGAUAACUCUUGAAUUGAGAAACUUGGAGGCAGUGCCAAUUUUUCAUGAUCAUUAUGUCCAAGAAGACGAUGGAAUACAGAAAACUCACGUGGACAUAUAUCAUGUUUUGACUCGUCUUCUGAAUCCAGAAAGUCGCCGAACUUUGAGACAUUUGAGUAUACAACAGGGAGAUUUGGAAUUCACCCCUAAUUGGACUCGAUAUAUCCACAUUCUCCUUCCAAAUCUGGAUUCUCUUGUUCUGGAUAAGGUAUCUUUGAAUUCUGAUGAAUUUGAGAGGCUCUGUGAUAGACUUCAAAACCUCACUAAGCUGGAACUGCACGACGAUCUCAUAGCUGACUAUGCUUCAAUUUCGAAGCUCAAAAAUUUGGAAAUUCUUUUACUUCCGGAUACCGAAUUCCAAGACAAAGAAGAUCUUCAGGGCAUUUUUGAGCUCAAGAAACUCAGAGUUUUGGAUAUUGGGAGAAUUGUGAGCACUGUGCAUUAUUCGAAUAACUUCAAAUUCUACAUGGAGUGUAAGCAAUGCCUGCCGGAGUUGAGAUUUUUGGGUUGUAUGCAGAACGAUAUGAAUUUGGAGGAAUUGGAAAAACUAAUCGAUACUCAUCCGAAGUUGGAAAUCGUUUGCUUGCUGGAAACUCCUCUUGAGAAAAUUCCAGCUGGGUCUGUAUACAUCCCCGAGAAUCGUUCCAUCAAACUUCAGACAUUUGAAACGAUUGAAACGUGUAUGGAGGUCGUUUCAUUCUCCAUGAAAACUGAUCGCAUAGCACUUCGUCCUCUUGUUACAGCUCUAGAACAUAUGACGGAAUUUGUGAAAACCGAUAUGGAAAAUCUGAAUCAUGUCGAUUGGGAGCAUGUGUUUCAGUUUGUCAGUGAUAUUUAUUUGAAGCACAACUGCACGGAGAAAGGAUUACUAGCUUGUUUGCUGUUCAUGUUAGAAUACAUUAAUCUGACCAUUCCAGCAACCGUAUACCCAUUUGAUGAAAACAACGAGUACUGUCUAGGCUAUCGACUCGAACUCGUCAGAUACCAACUUCAAAACGAAGUUGAAGUUCUGUGCCAUUCUCAUUUGGAUAAUCUAUGUAAACAGGCCGCAGAAUGCUUACUACAGUGUAUUGAUCCAAGGAAAAGCUUGUUUCAAGAGUGCUUGAAGUUUUUGGGAAACAAUAUUGACCGUCUCACUCCAGAACAAGCAAGAUCAAUAGCUGAAAAAGAUCAGUAUCGAUUGCUCAUGUAUUUAUCUGUAUGCCUAAAUUGUAUCCCGCCCCACGAAUUCACCGUCGAACUGUACCAACCAUUGGCUUCUGUGAUUUUCAAGCUUCUGAAAUAUUCGAAAACCGAUUUUACCGUUCCACAAUUGCACUUUGCUUCGGAUAGAUUCAUUCGAUUUGCGAUUCGAAAAACCAGAGAUUACAAUGGAAUUGUGGAUAUUGAGAUGUGGAUUCUGGAUAUUUUUAAGGGACUCUUAGAUUUUGUCUCAUUGAACACUUUAUACGUUUUUGUCGAGAAAAACAUUUUUAAAAGGUUACUUCACUACAUGAAUAUCUGUCAAGUCACUUCAAGAGAGUAUGGUAUCUUUCCUAAUCUCAUUGAAUAUGAUGAUUUUGAUAAGAUCACGUGGCCAAUCUCCGAAACCAAAUCACUUUGA